AUGGGGCUAUUCAUCAAUCAGGGCCUAAUCUAUUACCAACAACAAAACAUUGGUGGGAUUGGAGCUGAGCAUCACAUGCAUGAGAUUAUGGGCAGCCACAAGAAUAGUGAGAACGCCACGCUGCUGGCGCAUGCAUUGAAUCCCGCUCCGCCUCCGCCCUCUUCAACAGCUCUGUUUUUCUCCGUCCUAUGUGUCAUCCCUCCUUCCAAUUGUGCCUCUGAAGCAUCGGUAAAACUUCGCAACAGCCCCUGGCGCCCAACGUCGUUUCCAGAUGGCGGUUUUGUUGAUGGUGGAAUCGGGUCAGUUCAUAACAUCAGCAGGCUUCAAACCUUAUCGAUGCGGCUUCCAUGA